UUUCAGGUUGAAGAUGAAACGUAUCCAGGAAAGAGCUGGGACUGUAGCACUCAGCUCAGUGGCUGAGUCCAGCCCAGCACAGGCCCAGAGGCCCUGUAAAACCCCCAGAAUAUCUCUAAAGUGGGCUUGGAUAUUCUCAAGAAGGUUUAAAGGCUGAUGGCACUGUAAAUGCAGAUGAGAUGGUAGCCCAUUUGCUCUGGUAUUUCCAUUUGGAUUCCUAGGUUAAGCUGGAUGCAUUUGUUAACAGAAAUGAGGGGUAAAACACAAGAAGUACAAAUGUUCAAGUCAGGAGAGAACACCAGGUUGACGACAGCAAUCACAUUUCCUGUCUGGACCUUCAUGCUGUAAACUGGUUGUAUGAAAAAAGAAUGAUUGCAUUGUUUAAUGGAUUCUUUGGGACACUCGUCAUGUCUUUGUGUGAAGACAUGUUGCUGUGCAAUUAUCGGAAGUGUCGUAUCAAGCUCUCUGGCUAUGCUUGGGUCACGGCCUGCUCUCACAUCUUCUGUGAUCAGCAUGGCAGUGGUGAGUUCAGUCAUUCACCAGCAAUCUGCCCUGCUUGCAACAGCACCCUUUCUGGAAAGCUAGACAUUGUCCGGACAGAGCUCAGUCCGUCAGAGGAGUACAAAGCUAUGGUAUUGGCAGGGCUUCGGCCGGAGGUUGUUUUGGACAUUAGCUCCCGAGCAUUGGCCUUCUGGACGUACCAGGUGCACCAGGAACGUCUCUAUCAAGAAUACAAUUUCAGCAAGGCUGAGAACCACUUAAAACAGAUGGAGAAGAUAUACACGCAGCAAAUACAGAGCAAGGACGUAGAAUUGACCUCUAUGAAAGGGGAGGUUACCUCCAUGAAGAAAGUUCUGGAGGAAUACAAGAAGAAGUUUAGUGAUAUCUCUGAGAAACUGAUGGAGCGCAACCGCCAGUACCAAAAGCUCCAAGGCCUUUAUGAUAGCCUCAGGCUAAGGAAUAUCACUAUCGCUAGCCAGGAGGGCUCCCUGGAACCAGCUAUGAUCCCACAGUCUGGAGUCUUUGGCUUCCCAUCAGGGAAUAGCUCAAAGUUUUCUUUGGACCAUACACCAGCUGGAAAUCAAGGUGGUGGAGAUGAAGAUGUUCAGUUCAGACCAUUUUUUGUGUGUUCUCCCACAGCACCUGAACCCGUUAACAACUUCUUUAGUUUUGCGUCUCAAAGCCAUGAAGCAGAGCAGCAAGUCUGCAGCAGGGCCUUUAAAGCAAAAAGAAUUUAGCUCAUUUUUUAUUUCAAGACUGUUUUCCUGCAUCCCUGGGUUCUCUUCACAUGUCGACCUUAGAAGAAGUUGGCUUGCAGUCGGUUUGUGGCUUCCUGUUUGGUUUCUUCACUGUUUGCUUGGGGCACGGGCAUUUCAUGAAUGUCAGUCUCUAGUUUGCCAUUGCUCACACAGUCACACUGCUGCACAGAUCGUGUUUCAGACCAAGCUGUGUUUAUGCUUAUGUAGCCACCAGUGUUGUAUUUACAUGGCGCUUUGGAUUCCAGUGUGUGUAUGUUGAGUGUGUGCAUUGAUUCUUCUCUGCUAGUAUAUUUCUGUAAAAAUUAUGGUCUUGGAAAAUGAUGGCCAAAAUAAUGGUCUUAGAAAAUGGUGGCUUGCAAUUAACAUGUACUUUACAGUCAUGUAUUUUCUUUUGAGUUACUUUGUUUUGGAGGUGUGCUUAUGCCAGUGGAUGGAAGUACAAUUUGAUGCAUAUGUAUUCUGUUUAUCUUUAAAAAUAAUUUAUACUGAUAAAGUUAUUUGUUGAUUUCAUUGGUAUUUGUUUUAAAAUAAAACUGCUUUACCUUUUAAA